UAUUAUGAAAAAUGAAAACAAUAUAAACAGGUGAAAUUGGUAGACAAUUGACUUUAACGAGAAUGCCUUUCAAAAUGCACUGCCAAGACGAAUGGCGGAGAAGAGCAGCGGAGUGGGAAGGUACAAUGAAAGGACCGAUUAUCUACAUAUUCUACUCAGUGACAGAAGAUCACUAUUGCAAAACCAACAACUCUUGCUGUAAAAUGAUGAGAAAACUUCAAGCUAUUCAUAGGGAAAAGAAACAUUUUCCGGACAUCAGAUACAACUUCUGCAUUGGAGGAAACGGCCACGUUUAUGAAGGUCGAGGGUGGAAGAUUCGCCCAUCCCUUCCAAGCAAAUGGGUUGAGUUUCAACCGAGAAGUUUGUUUGUAGCCCUAAUCGGCCAUUUCUAUGAUUGUAAUCCUACAGAAAAGAUGUUUUUUGCAAGAAGAAAACUGCUGGAAUACGGAGUAGCGAGGAAGUACAUUUCAUCUAAAGUAUUGGAAGUUCACGUUCCUCCUGAUCUUGUCCCUAAUUAGGUUAAAAUAUGUAUCUUAAUUCGAUAUUUUGAAGUGAAAUAUCCCACUAAACAACUAUUUGAACUCACAAAAAUUAAA